AUGUUGACAGCUUCUACCCGCAGCCUUGCCCGAAAGGCAUCCACCAAUGCCUCACCUCAACGCAUGAUGAGUGCCAUCACCGGCGUGAAAGGACGCGAGAUCAUUGACUCUCGUGGUAAUCCAACUGUUGAGGUUGAUAUCACCACUGCCCAAGGCACUUUCACUGCCAGUGUGCCAUCUGGAGCCUCCACUGGAAUCUACGAGGCCCACGAGCUUCGUGAUGGAGGCUCUCGGUACAUGGGAAAGGGCUGUGCCACGGCCGUUGCCAACGUCAACACAGUCCUUGCUGAUGCCAUCAUGGGAAUGGAUUCUGCCGACCAACGCGGAAUCGACGAGGCCAUGCUCAAAGCCGAUGGAACCCCCAACAAGGCCAACUUAGGAGCCAACGCUAUUCUUGGAAUUUCCUUGGCCAUUGGAAAAGCAGGUGCUUCUUCUCGUGGCAUUCCUCUUUGGAAGCACUAUGCCGAGAUUGCCGGAAACCCCAUCCCCGAAACUCUUCCCAUUCCAUGCUUCAAUGUGAUCAACGGUGGAGAGCACGCCGGAAACAAGCUUCCAUUCCAAGAAUUCUUCGUCAUCCCAACUGGUGCUGAGACUUUCUCGGAAUCGAUGGAAAUUGGUUGCGAAGUCUUCCACAACCUCAAGAGCGUUAUCAAGGCGAAGUUCGGAGGAGAUGCCACUUUGAUUGGAGAUGAAGGUGGUUUCGCCCCACCAUGUGAUGUCGAAUCUGGACUUGACAUGAUCAUGGAAGCUGCGGACAAGGCUGGAUACCUCGACAAGGUCAGUGUUGGUUUGGAUGUUGCCAGUUCUGAAUUCAAGGUCGCUGGAGAAGACGCCUACGACUUGGACUUUAAGGCUACUGAAAAGGAUCCAUCUCAAGUCUUGUCUGGAGACGAGAUGAUCGCUUUGUACAAGAAGUUGAUCGACAAAUACCCCAUCGUCACCAUCGAGGAUCCCUUUGACCAAGAUGACUGGGCCAACUGGAGCAAGAUUGUUGCUGAAGUCGGAGAAGAAGUCCAAAUUGUCGGUGACGAUUUGACUGUCACCAACCCUAUCAAGAUUCAAGAAGCUGUUGAUACCAAGGCCGCCAACUGUCUGCUUUUGAAGGUGAACCAAAUCGGUUCCAUCUCCGAGUCCAUUGAUGCCGUCAAGCUUUCCAAGCAAAACGGAUGGGGUGUCAUGACUUCUCACCGCUCUGGAGAGACCGAAGACAACUACAUUGCUGACCUUGCUGUUGGUCUUUGCACUGGACAAAUCAAGACUGGAGCUCCAUGCCGUGGAGAACGUACUGCCAAGUAUAACCAGCUCUUGCGUAUCGAAGAACAAUUGGGUGCAUCUGCCAUCUACCCUGGUAUGGGAUUCCGUAAGCCUGCCUGGAUGGGAUAG